GUUUAUAUCUAUUAGCUCUUUGAAGUUCAAAUUAACAUCUUCAUUUGCGGCAGCCCCUCCCUUCCAAAGAGGCCUUGUCUCGACUUGGAGAUAGAUUUUCAUUCUUAAUCAGAAGCAGAGAAGCAAGUCAUGUCUGAAAAUAGAGUUGAACAGGUUGAGCUACUAAGUUCAGAUAAUGAUUCAUAUGGAGGAGUUGUAGUGAAGAUCGAGCAGCCCAUAGAUUCUAAGAUCUUUCCUUCUUUGCUUAGAGCUUCAAUUUCGCAAUGGAGGCAACAGGGGAAGACAGGUGUUUGGAUCAAAUUGCCAAUUGAACAUGCAAAUCUUGUCGAAGCUACAGUUAAGGAAGGAUUUCGGUAUCACCAUGCUGAACCAGAUUACUUAAUGCUUGUAUGUUGGCUUCCUGAAACUGCUGAUACUAUUCCUCUAAAUGCUUCACAUCGAGUAGGUGUGGGUUCUUUUGUCAUGAACAGUAAGAGAGAGGUGCUUGUAGUUCAGGAGAUUAGUGGCAAAUUCAAAGGAACAGGGGUGUGGAAGUUUCCUACCGGGGUUGUUAAUGAAGGUGAGGAUUUUUGUACGGCUGCGAUUAGGGAAGUUAAAGAAGAGACAGGAAUUGACACAGAGUUUGUGGAAGUUUUAGCAUUCAGGCAAAGCCACAAGUCAUUCUUUAGUAAAUCAGAUUUGCUCUUCAUUUGCAUGUUAAAACCACGAAACUUUGACAUUGAGAAGCAGAAUUUAGAGAUUGAAGCAGCAAAGUGGAUGCCAAUUGAGGACUAUGCAGCGCAACCUUUUAACCAAAAACAAGAGCUCUUCAAUUAUGUUGCCAAAAUAUGCUUAUCAAAGUCAGAAAAGAAUUAUACUGGUUUUUCUCCACUGGCUACAACUACAGGCUCUGGCAAAGUAAGCUACCUCUACUUCAACAAUCAGGAUAAUAACCACCUUGUAACUUCUGAUAAUCAGCCAUUGAAAGUCUGAUGUGAUGUUUAAAAAACACUAUAUACUAUUUGCAUGAGUUGUGACAAUAAGACCUCUAUGAUAGAAACGCUUGAAGGGUUGGCCAUACUUACAUUUCUUUACAGUGAUAUAAUUCAAGAUGUGGAUUUCUUCUCAAUAGAAUGAGUCAAUAAAGUUGUAAUUUUCCUUUUUUUUGGGUGGAGGGU